GGGCCGCAAAUCUGACAACUCCCUUCACUCAAAUUUUUGCCAAAAUAUAAUGUAGUACUAUUUUGCUGAACGUGGAUUUUGCUGACUUAAAAAUAUCAUCUAAAAAUACAUUCCUAAAAUAAUCAUCUACAAAUGGGUCUCCUCACUGAUCCAGGCGCAGGGCGCGGCAAAUUUUCCCAAUAUCUAGUCCACUACCACAGCCGGCUUUGCUUGCUAAUGUAUGUUGCGAGCAUUGCCUGGUUCUUGCUGAUCGUAUAUGAACCUUAUAAUGCAGGCACGUACUUUUCGGAAAAUGCACUUCUACCAGGACUGGUCAAGGGAGAGUUCAACGACAAAGUUAUCGCCAAAAAUCUGUACGAAGAGCUGAAGACUGAGGCUGAUAGGUAUCCAAAUGAUAUGCCAUACACCUGGCUUAGGUCCAAACUGAGACAAAUCGGAUUAGAUGUGUACACCCACGAGUAUUCGCUAAACUAUCCCAUGGGACUUGGCGUUAACUACACUGGGAAAAAUAUUUAUGGCAUAAUCCGAGCCCCGAGAGCUGCAAGCACUGAAGCGCUUGUUUUGUCGAUCCCAUACAGACCAGUGGCAAGCUCUAACAUCGGCACUCUUCCAGGAGUUGCCCUGUCCUUAUCACUCGCAAAGUAUUUCCGAAAACAAAAAUACUGGGCAAAGGAUAUCAUUUUCCUAUACACCCAGCAUGAGCAACUAGGGGUGCAGGCGUGGCUUGAAGCUUACCACCAGGUCAGCUGUGGUAAAGGAAUUUUGCAGCAUAACGACCUCAAAGGACGAUCAGGUGCAAUUCAGGCCGCAAUCAACCUGGAGCUGUACGGAGAGGUUAUUAGCCACCUCAAUGUCAAAAUCGAAGGACUGAAUGGACAGCUUCCGAAUUUGGAUUUGGUCAACUUAGUCCACAGGAUGAGCUCCAAGGAGAAUGUUCGCCACACAUUCCACAAUGAAGAGAGCUGGGAGGGUCACUUGACUCUGUCCUCUUAUCUUAAGUCUUUGAAGACGCUCAUGUUGAUGGUUACAACACAGGCUGCGGGCGUUCCAAAUGGAAACCAUGGUCUAUUCUUGAGAUAUGGAAUAUCUGCAGUCACCAUUGAAGGGUUUGAAAACAAAGAGCGUCAGUAUGGGCCUGGUUUUUAUCAAGUUGGAAGGAUAAUGGAGGGUGUAUUCAGAAGCUUGAACAAUCUGCUUGAGCGGUUCCACCAGUCGUUUUUCUUCUACCUUUUGCCCUCAAGCAAUAGAUACAUCUCAAUUGGUCUGUACAUUCCGUGUGUUUGCCUUCUGGCCGGCGGGCUUUUGAUCAGGGCUUUUGCGAUGUGGCUCAAACUGAAUGAAGCAAUCCAAGAGGAGAGUCCCGCAAACGUCACUGACUGGCCGUCUGUUGUACAAACCAUUGGAGUCACCUGGAUAUCAAUCCACCUCUUUGGAGUGUUGCUUGUGACCCAAACAGAAACAUUCAGCAGAUUGGGACUUGAAUUCGGACUCAUGACCAUCGACGCUAUAUCACUAGCUUUCUUCAUUUUUUCUGCCAUCUCUGUGCUCUUACCAAUCGCACUUCGACUGAAAAAAAUAAACCUUUGGAGUAGUGCUCCACUGCUUCAUAUUUUGGUUCUGUUGGAGUUCUCUGUCGCAAUGGUUGCUGUUGGAAUGCACAAUGUCUCGCUGGCCCUUCUCACUGGUGUUCUCUACACGCCAAUAGCAUUGUUUUUAGAUGUUCAAUCAAGUGGAAGUUUCAGGAAGCUUUUCCUCCGAUUGCUGAUGCUGGUGUUUCAUCCCAUUGUGCUUCUCUCUAUUGCUGUUUCUGGUUCCGCCAUUUAUGCAUUUUCCUUCGAAAACUUGACCUCGGCCAUUGUGUUUGAUGCCAUCAAGCAGUCACUGAUGUUCAGCACCAUGGACAGAUACAUCUAUGGAAACUGGAUUCUAACAGCUGGUUGUGUCAUUUUGUUUCCCAUUUGGAUGAUUUUGUGGUGUGUAUUGAACUCGUCUGCUCCUAAACAAGAGGAAAAGAAAGUCAAAUCUGAAUAAAUUGUUUGAUAAAUAACAUUUCUUAUUGAA